AAAAUUAUUGUUGUCAUUGGCAUUUGUGACAUUCAGAAUUCGUAAAUUUUAUUUCACUAUUAAAUAUUAAAUUAAAAAAAUGGCCGCUACAAAGUCAGAUGCAGGGGAAAUUGAAGUGAAAACUGACGCUACGAAAGAAAAUGAAAAACAGCCAAAAAAAGAUAAAGAAAAGCAAACGCCGGAUGCUGAUAAAAAAGAAGAGCGAGCUUAUAGUAUGCGUCCGACUUUUGGUGAGGGUGAAAUGUUCCCAUUGCCUACCAUAAAGAAUAUUAUGAACACGGUCAUGUCCCAAAAACUAAAAGACAAAACCUAUGACAAAGUCCUGGCCACCACAUGGACUCAUGAGAUUGCCGAUGAGGUAAAUCAGCAAAUCGCAAGCAAUCCGAAAGUGAAACGCUACAAACAUGUAGUCCAAGUAAUGCUGGGUCAGGAGCUUGGAGCAGGUGCCACCUACAAUUCACGUUGCUGCUGGGAUUGCGAUUGUGACACCUCCGUAUCGGAAGUCUUCAGUAAUACCAGCCUCUUUUGUGUCUGCACUGUCUUUGGCACCUAUCAGUAUUGAAUGGAAACAUUGUCGAUUUUACUAUGCACUAUGGAAAUGUUAACUCUUUUUCGCAUUAAUAGCCAUUAGGGCUGAUGCCAGCUUCACUUUCAAUGCAACAGUCUUUGUCCUAAUGCUUUGACCUUCGUUUUGCCUCAUUGGAUGCGCACAUUCAGGGGAUUGAGUAUGCGGCCUGACAUCACAGCCACGUCCAAGUCGCGAUCGAUGAUGAAAAACAAAAACGGAUGAUUUACAGAGAUCUGUAUGGGUUUCGUUUGAGCACCAUAGUUGCCUGAAUUGGAAAUGCAAAAGAAGAAAUCAAAUAGGAAGUUAUUAUUAGGUUUUUGUUGCUGCUGCUGCGCAAUCGCAGUUGCAGUUGCAGUUGCAUCUAUAGUUGGGUGGGGUAUUGGUGUGAUGGCGAUGUUGCGCCUCAAUGCUUUCGUUCAGGUGUCUGGUAGUAUAGCCUCUGAUACUUACGCUUAAGCUGAUUGAUGGGAUGUGUUCGAAUGUUAACGUCUAUAGAUUGCUCAAUGUGUCGCACGUAGAUGCCUUUCUCAUCAGUCAUGGGUCGGAAAUCAGCUCGAUUUGGUUCGAAUAUAUCACAGCUGCAAAAUGAAAUCAAGGGAAAAGAGCGAAAUUGGAAAAAGUAAAAGUGAAACACACCCAAUAGUAGUCCCAAUGGAUAUAGCUUACAUUCCCAUCUGAAAGAAAUAGACAACAAAAGUUUUAACACAAUUUCUUCACUAAAUUAAAGUAAAGUUCAUACUCA